AUGAAAAAUGCGUCAUUCGCACAGAAUAUUCAGGGAAGAAACUCCUAUUUUUGGGUUCAAGACAAAGUCAAUGGGCAGAAUUUCUCUGGUCCUGCUGCGAGACCUUCCACUGCCAUCGGGCUCUGCACCCCUUCCAGGGUCUCCCCGAGAUCCCCAGAAGCCCAGCUGGAGGAGAGGACAGCAGCCACAGUGGGCGCUCUGGCCAACCCAGAUUCCCAAAGUGGACUCCAGGGCGCGCCUGGAAAUCCAGUCGGAAGAUGCGCAGUUGCCAUGGCACCGGAGAUGCUCCCCAAGCAUCCUUAUCCCCGGAGGAAAAGGGGGCUCCGGGCAGACGCCUCCCUUCAUGGCAAUCUGGCAGGAGCGCCCCUUCCUCAGUUUGCCGGGGCUCCCAUCCAUCUCUCCUCAAAGAGGUUAAUCAAAUCUUGCUCUUCUCCCCCCUCUCGCCCACCCCAGCGUUUCCAUACGGCUUGUUCACAGGCCCCUCCUAGGCGGGGGCUGAAUGCUCACUUACACUGA